UCCUACGGGUCGAAGAAAAUUUGUUUUUAUCAAAAAUCGCAAUCAAACGGCGUGUAAAAAUUUCCGUAACUUCUCACAAGCAAUUCUCUUUGCACUCCUGUGCGUUGUAACAAAAGUGCAUUUAUCGAGUACGUGUGUGUCUCUCUUUCUGUCUGUAUCUGUGUGUUUUCGUGAAUACCCAUUUUAUUAGAGUGCAUUCCACAAUCCUCCUUCGGUGUAAAUAAUGAGUGAUUCUUCGAAACCACAACAGCAGCGCUCGGGCGCAACUCCAAUUAAAAAUCCUCUGUUAAGUGCUUCUGUUACAGGUCUAACAUUUGAUGAUUUUCCCAAUAAGCCUCAAUUGUUGCCGGCUGCUCCACCAAUUGUCCAUGCACCAGUGCCACCGCCAUCGGUCACACCCUCAGCAUUAUUAGGAAGAGAACCCAAGUCUCUGGUUACGGUCGGCUCAUCGUCAUUGGAUACGGAAAAUCUUGAUGAAAUCAAUUUGAAUGCCUCCGCCACUGAAGAGACGACGACCACCUCUUCGGAUGCCAAUGCAAAUCUGCUGUGGGAACAGCAACAAUCCUCGACCAGCGAUUCAAUACUAAGUCAAGCGGCUUCAUCAUUUUCUGCCCUGCCAUCGGUGGCCUCGAAUGUCUUUUCGUCGUUUUCGAAACGUAUAACAGGUAUAUCGAGUCGGGAAACAACACCAGGUUACGAUACCAAUUCUGCAGAUUCCAAUGGGAAUAACUCCAAUGUGCCACAAUUAGAUAUACAACCGAACUAUACACAGCAACAACAACAUCAACAGCAAUUUCCACAACAACAACAACAAUAUCAAUAUACAACACCAGGUCAACCAUUGGCACCACCGCCAGGCCAGUCAUCAGUUCCCCCGGCCAACCAACCAUUUUAUGCUCCUCCUCUUCCGCCAUCGAGUGGAGGCUAUUUUGAGAGCAACCUCCUCCCAAACACAAAUCUAGAGGCGAGCAAUAUUCCACCAGCUGAACCCCCUAAAUUUUAUACGCCCGCCGAAGUACCCAGCGCUCCACCAACAGCCGCCGCUGUACCACCACCCUCCACCGGUGGAGGACAGAAUAAUUUCCGUUUUACAGCCAAGAAAAAACUUUACGCUCCCAUACCAGGGCUCUCGGAACAGCAAUCGGCUCAAGCAGCAGUUUUUCCGCCCGCUGUCACAGCAACACCCUUGACGGGGACGGCAAUUCCUCCUCCCUUGCCAUAUUCAGCCAGCGACCCCUAUAGCCAACCAUCCCCCUAUACUCCCUCCUCGGAAGAGCGUAAAUCGGAAGAACGUAAAUCAGGAGGUGGUCUCUUCUCGAAAAUAACCCAACUUGCUCCCAGUGGGGUAUUGCAAAAUAUUACUGGACUAGUGCAAUCGGCUGCGGGCACCAUUACCCAGACCAUAAAUCCUGCUAGUGGCAGCCAGAACACAGGAAAUUACAACGCCUCCUCCUCCUAUGCUACACCACCUCAAGGAGGAAAUUUUGGCAUACAAUUUGAUCAACAACAACAACAACAAUUUGGAGUAGGCUAUCCUCUACCACCACCACCGGCCACAAAUUAUUUCGCGGCGCCCAACUAUUCCGGAGAACCCCAGGCCAAUUAUACACCCCCACCGCCAGCAAUCGGGGAAACCAAUCAAUCAAUUACUACUGCGCCUGCUCCAGCCCAAGCGGUGGGAUUUUUUAAUCACCAGACAGGAAACGUUCCAGCAAGUGGAGUUUUCAAUACCACUACAGCUCCUUCUCCCGCUAUUUUCGAUCCAUUCAAGCAGCCGCCCGCGGCUAGCUCUACCUCCACAACACCUCAGCCAACGCAGAGCAGACCUCCAUCUCAGCCAGGAACUACUUCUCAGGCUGGACAACAACCACCACAAUCUGUGCCAGCCCCUGCUCCCUCUGCUGUGACAUUUUUCAAUCCUCUACAAGCCGCUCCUGCAUCUGAUCCUUCUCAGGCCGGAGUUAACUUUUUCAAUCCCUCAGCAGCUCCACCAACCACAUUUGAUCCGUUCCAACAAAAACCAGCGGCAACUGAACCACCUCGGCCGCCCAGACCUUCGUCACGGCCGUAUAAUACCUUCAGUGAAGCAGUUCCUGAAGCUGGAGUUGGCGACCAGCAACAAUUGAGACCAACUUCUACCAGCAGUCAAGUGGCUUCGGAGCCACCACAACAGUUUUUCAAUCCAGCGGAAAGGUCAUCUGAAUCAGCUAGCCAACCUCUUCCAGGUGGACAAUCUACAACUCAGCAGCCACCUGUGCAAAUUUUCAAUCCUUUAUUGGCACCAGCUUCAGUUUCCUCCGAAGCUCUGCAACCACCAAGACCAGCAUCAAAUCACACCGCUGCCACCACCAGCCCCUCGUCAUCACAAGUUCCACCAACUUCUGAACAACCCUCUCAGCAACCUACUCAGCCGGGAUCUUCUUCCAAUCCAACUCCAGUUCAAUUCUUUAAUCCCUCUACUGGAGUUCAAGAGCAGCCAUUGAGACCAGCAUCCGCUUCGAACCAAAGCGAUAAAUCAGCAUUACAAGUGCCAGCUUGCACAACCGAGCACGUUUCCCAACCAGCCAUUGCUCCAGGGCCCGUACAAUUUUUCAAUCCUUUGCAGGCUGCAUUUGGAGCAGCUCAGACAGGCUUGCCACCUAGCCAAGUACCGUCCACAACAGAGCAGGUCGGACAACCCUCGCCUCAGCCUGCAGUUCAAUUCUUUAAUCCUUUGCAGGUUCCGCAGGCAGUCAAUCAGCCACCAAAUCUACCCCCCUCAAAUCAGGCAGGCCUACAUCAACCCCUGAGACCUCCAUCGGCAACACAACCAACUGCUGCUGCCGAACAACCAGCAGUUACAUUCUUUAAUCCCCUCCAGGGAGCAGUUAGUCAACCACUACAACAACCUGGAACGGGAGCUCCACCAGCUGCAAAUUUCUUCAAUCCUUUGCAAGCCACAACUGGCCUUCCUACAAAGCCUGUGGCGUUCUUUGAUCCCUCACAAGCAGGCACGGUUGCUCAACCACCACCAGCGUCAGGCGCUGGAGGUUCUACAGCAUUACCACCUCCUCCCACCGGCUCCACCUCGUUCCGCCUUCAAAAAGGCACAAAGCUCUAUAAAAAUCCAUUAACAGCCCAAGAGACUGCCCCGGUCCAGGUAUUGCCUAAUCCAGUAUUUGGUGUACCACCACCAACAACCAGUUCUGGAUUUCCAGCCGGACCCCAGGCGUUGCCACCACAAGGUCAACAGUUUUAUCCAGCCUACAAUCCAGGUUUUCCAGGUCCAGGCCUAACUUCAAUUCCAAACGUAUUUACACCUAGUUCCGAGGCCAAAAGUGUCCCCUUGUUUGCUCCAAGCAGCGCUGAAGUACCAACGGCCAAGCAAGACAGUCAUCAACAAGCAGAGCCUGCAUUGAUUGUUCCAGCUAACCAAGAAGUUGCAUCCGAGGCUUUGGAAAAAUCGGAAAAUCCAGGAGUUGUACCUACGCCCUCUCAAGUUCCCACCCAGGAGGUCAUUUCUGAAGAAGUUAAACCCCAGGAACAACAACAAGAGUCUGUAAAUCCCAAUUAUUUCUUCAAGCCAAUUGAACCGGCCGCGGAAACCCAGGAGCAUAUUGAAACAGCUUCGGAGCUUCAAGAACAUAGUGAGAACUCCUCAGUGGGACCCUCUGAAGCGGAUCAAGAAAAAUCACAUCAAAAGGAAAACUUUUUUGCCUCCAACUCCGAAAGCUCUCAGAAUUUCUUUAACCCCAUUGGACCGGUUAAAGAGAGUUCUCAGAUAGAAACUACCAAACCUUCCGAUUCCUUGGAAAAGACACUACAAAAUCUAAAUUUAGAGCCAAGCAACGUUGCAGCACCACCUGUUGUCCCUCCUCCUCCUACUCAGUUGGGACCUGGCACCAAUAAUCCCUAUCGCAGAGGUUCCAACGCUUCGGAGGCCAAUAGACCAGGUGCAAAGGUAGCUCCAAGUUUGGCCAAUUUCUUUACUCCAACCAGCGCCGUUGCUGCCGGAAGUGGUGAUUUCAAUUUCUUUGCAUCCCUACCCAGCCAGGUGGACAACAGCAACGCCGGAGCUAAUUUCUUUGGUGGACAAACGCCAGAACAGCAGCAACAACAACAAGUUGCUCCAGAAGCUUCAAACCAAGCAGGUCACUUCUUUGGAAACCCAGAACAACAGCAACAAGUUGUUCCAGACGCUUCAAAUCAAGCAGGUCACUUCUUUGGAACGCCAGCUUCGAGCACUGCACCUGUUAGCACAGAAAGUGAAUUAAAGGAACCCUCAGCCCCCUUGGAGGAAGAAGUUCAGAGUUCCCAGGAACCCUCAACACCAUAUCCCCCGGAAAACACCUCUGGUCCAGCUUUUCCAGCAUUACCCACACACCAAGCCGGUGUGUUACCCAUUGCUUGUGAAGCUCUCAAGGAGGAAAAUAAACAGGAAACGUGUCCCGCUCCCUCAGGACCCAUUGGUUUUGAAAGUUUUAACCCAACGGCGUCUGGCCAUAGUCAGCAGGGUACCUCAACACCCAAUUUCUUUGAUACAAAUCAGCAACAAACCACAUCACAGAUUGCACCACCAACAGGUUUUGAAAAUCCAAACGCCACACCGGCAGCACAACAACAGACGACAGAGCCCUCAGCCGGCAACAACACCAACAACAACUUUAGUAACUUUUUCAAUCAAUCUGUAGCUAGUUCCGUUAGUGUACCACUAGACAACACGUGUUCUUCAUUCUUUGACAACUUUGGUGGACAAGAACAGCAGCAGACUUUCAAUACCUCGACGACAACAGCCAACCAAGCUUUGGCCAACGAAGAACAGCGCAUUCAAAACUUCUUCAACAAUCCCCCACCCAAAGACGCCGAUCACGCAGGUGAUUUAAAUUACGAUCUGGUACACAGUGGUUUGGCCAUACGUAAUCUACAGCAGCGCUCAUUGCUGACGCCCAUUUCCAAUUUGGUUGAACCACCCUCAUCGGCGUGUUCGGAAUUUUCCACACUUAACGCAUCGGAGACCUCAAUUGUACGAGAGGAUAAUAAAAAUUCCCAGUUGGAAGUGGUGCCACCGCCACCAACUACCACAUCGACAUCGUCGACAACAACAACAGCUGACGCUUCAGCCAACAAACAUUACGAGGAAUUACCCGAGGAAAUUCUCAAAGAGCUAAGAAUGGCCAAUUUAUUGCAAAGUGACAAGCCUCCCACACCUGUGGCGGGGACGUCCUACAAGCCAGCUGUCAAACAUUGGUUCUACAAGCGUACCCUUGAUGCCAAACAAGUUUGGGUGCCCUUCAGCCACUAUGACUCGGCUUUGUUGGAAACCAGUCUCUCAAUGGAGGGAGAAGAUAAACCCGAAGUUGUGGCCGUUGAAGGUGGCCGCUAUGAUGUCUACAUCAAGGAACGUCUCAAGCGCAGUGUCUACUGGGAAAGUGAACCCAUCGAGGUGAGACGUUGUUCAUGGUUCUACAAAGCAGUCGAUUCCAAAUAUAUACCCUAUGAAGAGAGCACCGCCGACGUCCUGGAGGGCGAAUAUAAACAGGCAGCCGAAAGUGGGGUGUGGCAUAAAACCAUAAUAUUGGGUAUGGGCGAACAGGUGGUGUUCCAUGGUCCCACGGUUAUUGUACACUUCCAGCAACAACAAAAUCAAGAUGCCUGGGGUGGUACAACGCAAACAACCACCAGACCGCGAGUGGUGAAGCGGGAUCUUGACGACUUCAAUAUUGCCCAGGGUGAAUCCCAGAAAGUGGAUCAUCUACUCUUCAUGGUUCAUGGCAUUGGUUCGGCCUGUGAUUUGAAACUGAGAUCGGUAGAGGAAGUUGUUGAAGAUUUCCGCACCAUUGCCCAUCAAUUGGUCCAGUCGCAUUACAAAAAUUCCGCCGAUUUGGGUUUGGUGGGACGCGUUGAAGUCCUGCCCAUAUCAUGGCACAGCCACCUGCACUCCAUCGAAUUGGGCAUCGAUGAGAAAUUACGUUCCAUUACCUUGGAAUCUAUACCGAAAUUGCGCAACUUUACCAACGACACUCUGCUGGAUAUUCUCUUCUAUACCAGUCCCACAUUCUGUCAAAGGAUUAUGAAUUCAAUUGUAAUGUCGCUAAAUGACAUCUACAUGAAAUAUCGUCAAAGGCAUCCUGAUUUCAGUGGUGGCGUUUCCUUGGCUGGCCAUAGCUUGGGAUCAUUGAUACUUUUCGAUUUGCUGUGUCAUCAAAAUCCCAUCAAAGAAAGUGAAGAAAAGAAUCUCGAAAAUCCCGAUCAACAAUUUCUUAGCCAAGGCAAUUUGGCAACAGAUAGCAAUCAACAAUUGGAAGCAAAAUCGAUUAGUUAUACCAUGGGUCCAGCUGGCACUGGACAACCGUUCAUCAAUUACGGGCAAUUGAUCUUUCAGCCCAAGAAAUUCUUUGCCCUUGGCUCGCCCAUAGGUAUGUUUGUCACCAUUCGUGGCAUUGAUAAGCUUGGCCUGGACUUCCGUCUACCCACAUGUCCCGGUUUCUAUAACAUUUUCCAUCCCUAUGAUCCGGUUGCCUAUCGCAUUGAAGCUUUAGUCAAUCCUGAUUUAAGUGGCGUACGCCCCGUCCUAAUACCCCAUCACAAGGGACGCAAACGCAUGCAUUUGGAAUUGAAGGAGACUAUGGCGCGUGUCAGCACAGAUUUGAAGCAUCGUUUCUUGGAUAAGUUCAAAAACACAUUAGAUAGUGUCAACUUCUUUGGACCCCUGGCCAAGUCGAAAAAGGAAACGGAGGAAAUGAUGGAGAAGGAAGUGCAAAAGGUCAUUGAAAUGCAAAUGCAAAUGGAACGUCAAGGCAGUGGCGGCAGCCAACAACCAUCGCAAUCACAAACGCCCAAUCAAGAUCACCUAUCCCCAGGUGAUGAGCCACAGCAAAGUAGCAGCAGUAGUCAACAAUUGCCAUUGCCGUCACAUGCCCCGCCACGUGCACGCACCGAUUCUGUGUCCACGGCCAUAUCCGAUGACAUGGUUGAAAUAGAUUUCCCCCUGGGCAAAUUAAACGAUUCGAAACGUAUUGACUAUGUGCUGCAGGAGGCACCGCUGGAAUUCAUUAAUGAGUAUAUUUUUGCGCUCAGCAGUCAUGUGUGUUAUUGGGACUCUGAGGACACCAUACUCUUUGUUAUGAAGGAAAUUUAUUCUGGUCUUGGCAUCAGUCCCGAUAGCCAAGUACCCCAGCAAACAAUGACAAUUGAACGUCCUAGUUCUCGUAAUAGUUUAUCACAAUCAUAGAAUUGAAAUUAAAUACUUUGUAAACUUAUUUCUUCUUUAAUUUUUGUCACCAUAUAUAUACAUAUGUCGUCGCCUCUAAGUGUUGUUUAUUAAUAUUUGACUUUAUUUGUGCAUUAUUUGUUAUAUCGAUUUGAUAGAAAUAACGAAAA